AUAUAGUCCAACAAGCAGGCAAUUCUCUUCUCGAAAGACCUGAACCCUAAACUUCAAAUUAAGCGUACAAUCUCUUCCGUCGGCCGUCGGCACUCGGCACCUGGAGCUCGCCGUACACAAAGCUUCCGUGAAGGUUACUCAAUUGAGGUAGCUCAAGUAUGACAACUCCUGAGGCAGCUACGGCUUCCUUGGGACCUCGUUAUGCACCCGAUGAUCCAAAUUUACCCCAACCUUGGAAGGGCUUAGUUGAUGGUAGUACUGGGUUAUUGUACUUCUGGAAUCCAGAAACUAAUGUUACUCAGUACGAGAAGCCAUCAGCUUUACCUCCUCCACUGCCGCCUGGUCCACCUCCGGAAGCUUCUGCACCUAAGUUGGCUCCUAUACCAGGAGCUAGCACUGUGCAACAAUAUGAUAGUCAAGGCCAACAGAACCAACAGGCGUUUGCUCAACAAGGCCAAAUGACACACAUGUCACAACAUCCACAAGUAACACAACAGGUACCACAUGGAUCACAAGGUGUUUCAACAGGGCAGCAACAAGGAUCACCAGCUGGUCCUGCCAUGCAACAGGUAUCCUUUAUGCCACAACUUCGGUCUCAAAUGAUCCAGCAACCUGGUCAUCAGAUGCCAUUGCAAAUGGGACAAACUCCCAAUCAGCCAGGGCCGCAUGUUUCUCAACCAGCAGUACAACAAAUAAUGCCACAACAACUAGGCUCCCAAGCACAAGCAUUCCCAAGUGUACAAAUGGGACAACCACAUGGUUAUCAAUUUUCUCAUCAGCAGGCACAGCAUGUUGCGUAUCCACAAAAUUUGCCUCCACAGGGACAGCAAAUUCCACAGCAGCAAAAUCAGCACGUUCCGCAGAAUCAACAGUUUUCUCAUCAACAAGAGCAUAAAGUGGGAUUUCAGCAAAGGGAAGAUGUUGAUUUCCCCCAAGGUAAACAAGUUGGGUUUUCGCCACAACAAGUUCAGCAAACUGGUGCAUCAUCUGCUCAGAAUCCGCAAGUGGGGACUGGUUCUGUUAUCAGACCUCAGAUGUCUGCUCAGCCUGCUCAAGCUUUGCAGUUUGGCGGUUCUUCUGUAAAUGUCCAACAACCAUCAUCUUUGGGUCAAUGGCAGCAAAAUACAAAUGAUUCAGGUCAGAGGCCGCCUGGUCCACGCUUUCCCGGUCAGAUGGGCUCAAGUAUGGCACAUGGUCAUGAGCUGGAUACACCCCCAGUUGGAUCAAAGGGUUAUGAGGAAAACACACUCGGAAGAGGAGGAAAUGACUAUUAUUACAACAGUAACAUGGAUAGUCGAAUUAGGCCUCCGCCUCAGCAACCCAAGCUUGCAGCUAUACCUGUAGCAAGAAAUCAGCAUGAAAUGAGAAUGGGUGAUCCUCCGCUUCAAAAUCCAGUACCAACUCUUCCUAGUGGGUUCAAUAGCAUGGGUGGUCCUCCGAUGCAAAAUAUCUAUGGUCAAGCAGCUGGUGGCCCUCCUUUUUCAAAUCCUAACCUCAUGCGGCCACCUGGAGCACUCACAGGACCUCCAGGAUCCAUUCAUCCAUCAUCUGUUGAGGUUUACCUGCAGAAGCAUGAAGUAACUGCAACAGGUGGUGAUGUCCCUGCUCCAUUCAUGACAUUUGAAGAUACUGGCUUCCCGCCAGAAAUACUAAGAGAGAUUCAGUUUGCGGGAUUCACUUCACCCACUCCCAUCCAGGCACAAACAUGGCCCAUAGCGUUGCAAAAUAGGGAUAUAGUGGCCAUUGCCAAGACAGGUUCUGGCAAAACAUUGGGCUAUCUAAUUCCUGCAUUUGUCCACCUUAAACGACGGCACAACAAUCCUCAAAAUGGCCCGACAGUGGUGGUUUUAUCUCCAACACGAGAGCUUGCCACACAAAUACAAGAUGAAGCGCUGAAGUUUGGUCGAUCUGCAAGGGUUUCUUGCACGUGCUUGUAUGGAGGUGCACCCAAAGUUCACCAGUUGAAAGAACUAGAGCGCGGAACAGAUAUUGUUGUUGCAACUCCUGGUCGGCUUAAUGACAUCCUUGAAAUGAAAAGAAUUGACUUUAGACAGGUUUCUCUUCUCGUGCUAGAUGAGGCUGAUCGAAUGCUUGACAUGGGUUUUGAACCUCAGAUCCGCAAGAUUGUAAAUGAGAUACCCCCACAUAGACAAACACUUAUGUACACAGCAACUUGGCCCAAAGAAGUGCGAAAAAUAGCCGGUGAUCUUCUUCGAAAUCCUGUCCAGGUUAAUAUUGGUAACGUUGAUCAGCUUGCAGCAAACAAGUCUAUCACACAGUACAUUGAAGUAGUCCCGCAAAUGGAGAAGCAGAGACGGUUGGAGCAGAUUCUUAGAUCCCAAGAAAGGGGUUCUAAAGCUAUUAUAUUCUGUUCCACAAAGAAGUUGUGCGACCAACUUGCACGCAGUAUUGGUCGAAACUUUGGAGCUGCAGCUAUUCAUGGAGACAAGUCCCAGGGUGAGAGGGACUGGGUUCUCAAUCAAUUUCGCGCUGGUAAGACCCCAAUUUUAGUAGCAACAGAUGUUGCUGCUAGAGGACUGGACAUACCUGAUAUAAGAGUGGUGAUCAACUAUGAUUUUCCGACUGGGAUUGAGGAUUAUGUUCACCGAAUUGGAAGAACUGGUAGGGCUGGUGCAACUGGUGUUUCAUACACCUUUUUAUCUGAUCAGGACUGGAAAUAUGCUCCUGAUCUUGUUAAAGUUCUGGAAGGCGCAAAUCAGCAAGUGCCUCCGGAUGUUAGGGAGAUGGCUUUACGUGCUGGUGGCAGGGAUAGAGGUGGCAUGAACCGUUCUGAUCUUGUCGAUGGUGAUGGUGUCCGCACACGUUGGGAUUCUGGUGGCCGCGGUGGGAUGAGAGAUGGUGCAUUUGGUGGCCGUGGCGGAAUGAGGGAUGGUGGGUUUGGUGGCCGUGGUAUGAGGGAUGGUGGGUUUGGUGGUCCUGGUGGGAUGAGAGAUGGUGGGUUUGGUGGCCCUGGUGGGAUGAGAGAUGGUGGGUUUGGUGGCCGUGGUGGAAGGGAGAGCAACUUUGGUGGCCGUGGUGGAAGGGAUGGUCACUUUGGUGGCCGUGUUGGGAUGAGGGACAACAAUUUUGGUGGCCGUGGUGGCAGGGGUGGUGCUCAAAGUGUUUGGGACAGAAAUGAUCGGUAUGACAGUUCAGAUGUGCGAGGACGUGGGAGAGGUCGCGGGCGUGGACGUUUUGACAAUAGAAGAGACAUGCCAAGUCGGAGUCGAGGAAGAAGUUACAGCCCUAGUCCGGAGAGAGUUCGAACAUGGGGUAGUAGAAGCAGAAGCAGGAGUCGCAGCAGAAGCAGGAGUUAUAGUAGGAGUUACAGCCGAAGCCGGAGUCGCAGCUACAGCCCCAGGCGCAGUCGUAGCCGCAGCCGUAGUCGUAGUCGUGAUAGAUAUCAAAGGAGGCCUCGCCAAAGUAAGUUUGAUCAGAUGGAUCCAGAUCCAGGAAUGUCAAGCAUUCAGGUUGCUCCUCCAUAUGUGAUGCCUCCAUUGCCUAUAGGUGCACCAGUUGAUGGAUUUUCUGGAGCUGCGUCAGUGGAAUUGAAACCAAAUAUGGAAGUAGCCCCAGAAUCUGGUAUGUCACCUAUGUCUCCAGGAACUCGAGGAAAUGGCUUGCCAGGAUCUGAGGUCAUAGGGCAGAACCCUUGAAUUGGAAGCUCCACUCAUGCUAUCAAUGCAUUUCUACGACCUUAGGGGAGGGAGGUGCUGCGUAGUAAGCAUGCAUAUAUCUGUUCUUGAGAGACGACAGUAGAUAGAGUGUCGAGUUUGAUGUUUUGCUGCUGCCAUAUGCAUGUGCAAGGGACCUAAAUGCGCCUGGUAUAUGCUAUUUUUCAGGGAGGAGGAAUGCUGAUGGUGGACAGAGACAUUGAUUCUCUAUCAAACCUUCGGCUCACUCACUUCUCUAGACUAUUUUCAGUGAGGACUUGCCAUCAUUAGUUUCCUUUUGGGGAGGGGAUGGGGGUAGAAUCAUGUCUGGUUUAGAUGAUCAUAUCUUUAAUUGUUGUCAAAAUUGCUUAUACCUAAAUAUCAACUCAAUGGAGUUAUCAUUUUAAAACUGGAGACAAUUGGGAAAUUGUAGCUGUUGUUUCACAUUUUCAUUUUUCAAUCUCUCUUGCUUGGUCAGGGAAACAUAGACUAGUUUUAAGGACGGAUUUUGGGUUUGUUAUUCCCUAAUCAUUAAGGUUACAAGUGCAUGAGAACCUGUGCAUGUCGUUCGAUAAAUUGAAGUUUAUUUCUUGA